AUGACUCCGCAACUGGAUACCAAGGUCCCGGGUACACCACCGCAACCGUACAGCUUUGGCUACGACACGGCUGACGAGUUCGGCAACCGGCAGUUCCGUAGCGAACAAGGUGACUCCAGCAACGUGAAGACUGGCUCGUACGGUUACACGGACGUCAACGGCCUCUACCGGCGCGUCAACUACAUCGCGGACGCCAACGGCUUCGGCGCCACUGUAGACACCAAUGAACCGGGCACCGCGCCCGGAGCCAGCGCCGACGUUGUGUUCAAUGCCGCGCCCGUGGUCCCGCCCGUUCCCGAAGGGGCGGCAACACCUGCUGCGUACGGCGCCAGGGUAUCCGCUGGUUACAACAACGCCUUGAGUGGCUAUGGUGGAUACGGAUACGAUCCUUACGGCCGCCGUGGGGCUGGAGCCGGGUUUGGUGGUUACGGGCGCUUCGGCUACGCCCCUAGUGGCCCGGUCCUUGGCGGUUAUGCUAGCGGUGGACAUACUGCUACCGGCUAUGCGUCUGCCGGCUACACGGCAGGUCUGUACGGGCCAGCUGGCUACGGCGGAUUGGCGGCUGUUCACCAUGGCCUCCGCCGUCGUAGAUAA